GUUAUUAUCGAUAUUGACAAGUCGUCUCGACGAACUGAGAAAAGCCAAUUAAUUUUGAUAGAAAUCGAGGAUAAAGGGAAUACCAUAAAAACGAACGGACUAUCUCAUGUAAAGGGGAACCAUACACAUCUCCAAGGACUUCAUCCUCACUAAUUACUCCAAAUCAAUUAAAAGAUAAAUUUAAUUUUUCAAGUCUGAGAUUGGAUUCAUCUUCAGCCCCCGAGAUGAACAUGGAGUGAUAGAAUUCAGAUAUUUUUCAAAAGUUGUGUGGAGAGAUAAAAGAUUAUUAUCGAGUAAUAACUCAACUAAUUAAUUCAUUAAAGUUAUUAUCGAUAUUGACAAGUCGUCUCGACGAUCUGAGAAAAGCCAAUUAAUUCUGACAGAAAUCGAGGAUAAAGGAAAUAUCAUAAAAACGAAAGGACUAUCUAAUAUAAAGAGGAACCAUACACAUCUCCAAGGACUUCAUCCUCACUAAUUACUCCAAAUCAGUUAAAAAAGAAAUUGAAUUCUUUGAGUCUGAGAAUGAAAUCAUCUUCAGUCCACGAGAUAAACACGGAGUGAUAAAACCCAGGUAUUUUUCAAAAGUUGUGUGGAGAGAUAAAAGAUUAUUAUCGAGUAAUAACUAAUUAAUUCAUUAAAGUUAUUAUCGAUAUUGACAAGUCGUCUCGACGAACUGAGAAAAGCCAAUUAAUUUACCAUAAAUACCAUAAAAACGAAAAGACAUUGUGAUAUCUGGUGUAAAGAGGAACCAUAUACACUUCUCCAAAGACUUGAACUUCACCUGUGGCUUGAGAGGAACCACCAAAUCUUCAUCCUCACAAAUUCUCCCAAAUCAAUUAAAAUAGAAAUUAAGUUUUUUGAGUCUGGGAAUAGAAUCACUCUCAGUCUAGUAGAUAUUUUUCAAAAGUUGAAUGAUAUCUCAACUAAUUAAUUAAUCAAACUUAUUAUCGACAUUAACGAGUCGUCUCCACGACCUGACAAAACCCAAUUCACCUUGACAGAAAUCGAGGCCAAAGGGAAUAUCCUAAAAACUUAAGGACUAUCUCAUUUAAAGAAGAAUUCCCCCAAAUCAAUUAAAAAAUAAAUUUCAUUCUUCGAGUCUACAAUGGAGUCCUCCUCAGCCAAGACCACCACAGAGUGAUAGACCCCAGAAAUUCUUCAAAACCUGUGACAUCUAAAAAUCCCCACUCAACCAUCACCAAAUUACCCACCGAAGCAAAUCUCCCAAUACCUCUCCAAAAUGUCGAAGCGCUGUGAGAUCUGUGCAAUCGACUUCAUCGACGAGUACUCCUUCCACGGUCACCUCCUCGGCAAAAAGCACACGAAGAAGCUGGAGCUCAUGAAGUUGAACCUCCAGCGCGAGCAGAACUCGGUCUUCGUCUCGCCAAUGCCGCCAUUCGCCACCCCCCAGCUGGUCGUCACCUUCUUCUCGAAGUUCGGUCCAAUCCAACACUACACCUUCAACCCCAGAUACCUGAUCGUCGAGUACAAGGACAAGUCCCCAGUGGAGUACCUCCUGAGCAACCCGAUCUACCUGAACCAGUGGAAGUUGAAGAUCAGACGAAGGAGGAUCGAGAACCCCGGGGACAGGAGGCCAGAGAAGAGAUCACCAAAAAAGCAGAAUAGCAUCCCAGAGACUAACCAGGAGAUCGAAGAAGCCGAAGCCCUGAGGACAACCCUAGGGUCCGAGGAGGCGUUGGAAGACCAACUCACUAAGUUCCUGUCGACUGUCCAGCGUGACGACGGUGAGGUGCAGAAGCUGGGGGCAAUGGUCUGCUCUUCCCUCGACAGAACCAUGAAGCAAUCCUUCCCCAGGUGCCGAGCGAUCCCCUUCGGCUCCUCCGUGACUGGUCUGAGCCUCGUGGGAAGUGACCUCGACGUGUUCCUCGACAUCGGCGAGCAGAUCGUUGAAGACGAGGAGUCGCCACCUGUCCAGCGACUUGGCUGGACGCCCAAAACCAUCUUCAAAGAGGUGAAGACCCUGCUCUUCAGGAACGCAGGGACCUUCACGAAAAUCGUCCCCAUACCGAUGGCCAAGAUCCCAGUCAUCAAGUUCCAUCACACUCUCAGCAAGAUGGACUGCGACAUCUCCUUCAAGCACGGACUGGGCGUCCACAACAGCCAGUUGAUAAAGUACUUGCUGACCCUGGACUCCAGGAUCAAGCCCUUGGUGCUGGUCCUCAAAUACUGGGCGAAGAAGCUGGACAUCUCAGGCAGUGGGAAGAUCAACAACUACUCCCUAGUCAUGCUGAUUGUCUUCUACCUGCAGCAGCCCAGUGUCAAUCUGCUGCCUGCCAUCAGGGAGCUGCAGAAGGUGCACGAGAGGGUCUACAUCAGAGGCUGGCAGGUCAACUUCACUACGAAUUAUCCAUCGACUUCGAAGAACAACUCCAGUUCGAUUCUCGAGCUGUUGGAGGGGUUCUUCAAGUUCUACUCAGACUUUGAUUUCUCGACGACGAUCAUUUGUCCCCUGGAGGGCAAAAGCUUUCUCAGGGAGGAGUUCAAGAGGGAGAUUGAGGAGAGAGGGGGGAGUGUCGAGAGUCUCAGGUUGACCAGGUGUGCUUGCCUCCAGGAUCCUAUUCAGCUGGAUCACAAUAUCAUCUCGGGGUGGGGGAGUAAGGAGCUUCAGGGCUUGAGGUUCUCCUGUCUGCAGGCUGUGGAGAUCUGCCAGUCUCUCGGGGAGAGCCCUCUGAGGAUUCUCCCCAAGUUGUUUGAUCCUGCGCUCAAGGUGAAGACUAAGAAGGCUAAGCCCGUCAGCUUUGUCAUUCCUGCCGGCAAGUUCGAGAGGUUUGGACUGCCUGAGGACUUUGAGGAGAUGAGCGAUGUUGGGGACAAGCAGAUGUUCAUUGAGAAAAACUGGUUCUGCACGGUUUACAGGCUGCUGGAGGCGAUUCUGAAGAGGAUAUUCAUGUUUGAGGUGCAGAUCGUUUAUGAUAAGGUUGGGGUCAAGCAGAUGAAGGUCGUGGAGGAGGAUGAUGUGCACAGUAAGGACAGGGAUCAUGAUGAAGGAUCAAGGAUCAUGCUGAGUUGCUCGGGGAAGUAUUUCUUGAACAGGGCGAGGAAGGGCAAGAGACAGACUCUGGAUCCUAGUGUCAGUCCCAUCGAGAAGGAGGCAUUAAUCUCGGAGCAGAUUAUGAAGGAUGUGGUGGGCAAGGUGAAGGAGGUGCCCAUCAAGUUUGAGUGUCUUUUGGUGAAGAAGAGUAAACCACUGGAGGCUCUUGUAGUUCUGACUGAUCAACAGUUUAAUAAUAAAUCUUUUGGGGAGAUCGCCGGGUUCAUGAGGGGCAAGGUGUGCACCUGGGUGGAGAAGGAGCUCAUGCAUAUGGUGCAGUUUAAGAAGACGUUUGCUCAGGAUCGAGGCGAGAAAUCGUGAGAGGAUUCAUGGUUUUAGUUUUUUUAAGAAAUUGUAUGAAAAUAUCGAAAGAGGGUCUUCUCAAUUCACAGAUGAUCCUGUGGGUAUCUUGGGAACUAGUGGAUUGAAUGACAAAUGAGGAGAAAUAUUUUUUGUAGGAGAUUGAAAGUGCUGAAAGUGCUCUUGUCGUGUUUGUUGAUCAAUCUACUAGUUUCUAGGAUAUUUUCUCAAUGGUUCGCAUAAUUGUAUAAAAGAGAAUAGAUGAGUUUUGAAUUAUUUUAUCGAUAUAUCCGAGACUCAUGGGUGAGGUUCUUUUGGUGAAGAAAAAUAAGCCACUGGAGGCACUUGUUAUACUGACUGAUCAACAGUAUAAUAAUAAAUAUCGAAUGACGUUUUUUUGAAUUCGAUGAUCUCGUGAAUAUCUUGGAAACUAGUAGAUUGAAAGAAAAAUGACGAGAGAUACUAAGAUAUAAUGGUUUGCAUAAUUAUAUAGAAGGGAAUAGAUAAUUUUUUUUUUAUAAAGAAAAAUAAGCCAUUGAAAACUCUUGUUUCACUGACUGAUCAGUCAGUUUAAUGAUUCUUUUGUGGAGAUCGCUGGGUUUAUGAAGAGCAAAUACAGUUUAAGAAGAGUUCUGAUCAGGAUCGAGGGAACAAAUCAUGAGAGGAUUGAUGUUUUUAUUUUUUUAGAGUAUUUAGAGGGUAUUUGCAAGAAAAUAUCGAAUGAAAUUUUUUUUACUUGAUGCACGAUCUUGUGAACAUCUUGAAAAUUGAUAGAUUGAAAGGAAAAAGGAGAGGAAUAUUUUUUGUAGGAGAUUGCAAGCUCUGAAAGUGUUUUUGCCAUGUUUCUUGAUCAAUCUACUAGUUUCUGCAGUAUUUUCUUAAUGGUUUGCAUAAUUGUAUAAAAGGGAGUAGAUAAGUUUCGAAUUAUUUGAUCGACAUCUUCGAGAUUCAUGUUUGAGGUUCUAAUGGUUAAUGAAAAUCCCUAAAGGGUCAAUACGACCUUUUCCAUUUAGCACGCGAUAUGGUGCAGUUUGAGAAGAGUUUUGAUGAGGAUCGAGGGGACAAAUCGUGAGAAGAUUACGUUUUUAGUUUUUUUUAAUAUUUGGGUAUUUGGAAGCCAUUCGUAAGGAAAUAUGGGAAGAAGUUUUUUUGUAGCAUUUACGAAAAAGAUCAGAUGCAUGAAUUCAUAGAUUAUCUUGUGGAUAUGUGAAAAAGAAUGGAUUGAGAGAAAAAUUGACAAGAUAUCGUCGUCGUAGGGCCAAAGGGGCGUAACAGCAGGGCUUAUCACACCUUUUACGCCCCCUUGGCUACACGGCGAGGAAAUAUUCAUUAUAGGGAAACACUAAGGCACUCAACAGGGGAUUUUGAAGACAAUUGAUUUUAGCUGAUUAAGGACAGGAGCUUUAUUUUUCUCUUUAUGUUCAUCAUAUUUACAGUAAUAAAAUGAUGACGUAUUUUAUUUUAACAAGCGUAUGCGUUGCAAGUGUUAACGCGGGUGUAAUUAAUAAUUGAUGUAAGUUUUCGCGGAUUUUUAAGAGAUUUUGAUUGACAUGUUUGGGUUAUUUACAUACAAAAUUUACCGAUGAAAUGGAAGUGGAACGAUGUUUUAAAAAUGUACAUUUUAGUUUUUUGGAAGAGAUAUUCAGUUUUAUUUCAAAUAAAAAGAGAUCAAAACUGUA